CCUUUAGACGAAGUCGCGUGUGUGUGGUGACAGUCGCUGCCUCGUCGGGGCCGCGCACCUCGCACCCUGAACUGCCAGGAGCGAGGCCGACGCGCGUUCCCGUGCAGGGCUCGGGGACGCAGCAGCUAAAGCUACACGGGCAGCGGCCGACGGGCCCAUAUCGCUCACGGAAUCCGCCAUCGUUCAUUUUGUUCAGGAGGACCUCCGACCGGCGCGGAUUAGGAACGUGCCAGAUCAUAUGUGUGUGGAGGGGGGAAGAAUCGCGCACGAUGGUUCGGGAAACCAGACACCUUUGGGUGGGCAAUUUACCCGAACACGUCCGAGAGGAGAAGAUCGUGGAGCAUUUUAAACGGUAUGGGCGCGUGGAGAGUGUUAAAGUUCUGCGGAAGCGAGGGUCAGAGGGUGGCGUUGCAGCUUUUGUGGAUUUUGUGGAUAUCAAAAGUGCGCAGAAGGCUCACAAUGCUGUCAACAAAAUGGGAGACAGGGACCUGCGGACUGACUACAAUGAACCCGGAUCAGUCCCUAGUGCUGUUCGGGGCCUUGAAGACAGCUCCCCCUCGAGCAGUCGAGACGUUACAGGAUUCUCUAGGGGAACAGUUGGUCCAGUGUUUGGCCCACCUGUGUCCCUUCACACCAGAGAGGGACGUUAUGAACGGAGAAUAGAUGGUAGCUCAGAAAGCCGUGAACGUGCAUAUGAUCACAGCCCAUAUGGACACCAUGAUCGCAGUGGCACUUUCGACAGACAGCGUCACUACAACACUGAUUAUUACCGUGAUCGUUCUCUGUUUGCUGCUGCUGGCCAAGGGAGCAGUGCUAUUGGGGGAAGCUUUGAGGCAUCAGACCCACAUUUUGACUCUAGAAUUCGAGACCCCUUCACUCUUACUAAUUCUACACGACGUGACCUGUACAGAGAUGACCGAGGACGGCGAGUUGAUAGAACUUACCACCACCGUCGAAGCCGAUCAUCUCAUUCCUCUCAGUCAAGGCAUCCAUCCCCACAACGGACCACGGGACAAACCCCCAAAACGUCUCACUCGCCCAAAAGAGCUCCCCUGUCCCCCGGGAGAGGCCCGAGGUCUCGGUCUCACAGCAGAUCUUCGAGCUCUGAUUCUGUCAGCAGCACAAGCAGCACGGGCAGUGGCAGUGAUUCAAACAGCAGCUCAAGUGAUGGGUCGCGUGCUCGCUCUGUUCAGUCGUCGGCUACACAUGCUGCUCCCCAGUCAUCUAUGGGGCUUGACUCCGAUGAACCACGCAGAAGCUUUGGAAUUAAAGUGCAAAACCUACCCGUACGCUCCACAGACACAAGUUUAAAAGAUGGACUCUUCCAUGAAUUCAAGAAACAUGGAAAAGUGACCUCAGUGCAGAUCCAUGGAGCUUCGGAGGACCGUUAUGGUUUGGUUUUCUUCAGACAGCAAGAGGAUCAAGAGAAAGCCAUGACUGUCUCCAAAGGAAAGCUAUUCUUUGGCAUGCUUAUUGAAGUCAUUGCCUGGAAUGGACCUGAAACAGAGAGUGAAAAUGAGUUCAGACCUUUGGAUGGACGGAUAGAUGAGUUCCACCCAAAGGCUACGAGGACACUGUUUAUAGGCAACCUUGAGAAGACCACCAGUUAUCAACAACUCCUUGACAUUUUUCAGCGGUUUGGAGAAAUUGUGGACAUUGACAUCAAGAAAGUAAAUGGAGUCCCCCAGUAUGCUUUUGUGCAAUAUUCUGAUAUUGCCAGUGUGUGCAAGGCCAUAAAGAAGAUGGAUGGAGAGUAUCUGGGAAGCAACAGACUGAAGCUUGGUUUUGGGAAGAGUAUGCCCACAACGUGCGUUUGGCUAGAUGGUUUGGCAACCAAUAUAACAGAACAAUACCUCACCCGGCAUUUCUGUCGCUAUGGACAUGUAGUUAAGGUUGUGUUUGACAGAUUGAAAGGCAUGGCCCUAGUCAUGUACAACAACACAGACUUUGCUCAAGCAGCUGUAAGGGAGACCAAAGGCUGGAAGAUUGGUGGCAAUAAAAUAAAGGUGGACUUUGCAAGUCAAGAGAGUCAGAUGGCAUUUUACCGAUGCAUGCAGGCAUCUGGUCAAGACAUCAGAGACUUUUAUGAAAUUCCCACUGAGCGACGAGAGGAACGCAGACCUCCAUACCAUGAAUUUACAGCAGAAAGGGCUUACUUUGAGAAUAUACGAACCCCUGGCCUCUACCCAGAAGAGGCUCGAAGAGAUUAUGCUGCUCGCAGUCGAGAACGGUUUCCUGAAUUGGAACAUUAUCAAGGAGAUCACUUUGACCCACGUUUUCAUGAAGACCCAAGAGACUUCAGGGACUAUAGAGACCCAUUUGAGCAAGACAUCCGAAAAUACACAUAUAUUCAAAGAGAGCGAGAAAGAGAGCGGGAACGCUUUGAGGCUGACCGCAGCAGAUGGAGCCCUUCCCAUCCAAGGCGACCUAUUACUCCGACAGUAUCUCCUUCACCAUCUGAGCGUGCUCCCAGAGACGCAGAGAGACGGGUUUAUAGCCAGUCCUCUGAGCGGAGUGGUAGUGUAAGCUCAAUGUCACCAACACACUUUGACAAAUCGGAAAAGACCCUGCCAGAGCAUUCCUCUAAGAGUGAGAAAAGUGAGCGGAGCAGUCAACCUGAUCGUGUAGCAGUUGCUGAGAAAACCAAACGUGCCAAACGAAAAGAGAAGGGUGACAAAGACAAAACUGAAAAGAUUAAAUCAAGGAAAGCAAAGGGGCAAUCCCCAUCCAACCCAACACCUGAAACUGAACUUGAGACUGGUUGCGAUGGCUCUGGAAAAGGAAGAGCAUCAGACCAGGAUGCUCACGAGAGGCAGAAAUCUAAGGGGGAUAGUGACUCUGUUUCUGUAAAUCAGUUGUCAACUGCUAACCAUGACUCUGUAAAAACAGAACGAUCUGAAAUGAGUAAAGGUGAUAAUUUAGAGAUGGAUGGGAAAAAUCGAGUCAAAAAGCAUCUCAAGUCUGAUUCUGGAAAUGAUGGGAAAGAUUUAUCAGUGGAAUCAGAUCGCCUUGCUGCAAGGAAAAGACGUUUUGCUGAUUCUGGUGGAAGGACUAUUCAUCAAAAGAGAAGCAGGCAUGAGGAUGAGGAUGGUAAUCAGUCCUCUGACCUUGGUACCAGUGCCACAUUUUUGAAAGAGUCAGACGCUGACAAACACAAAGAAUCACAACGAAAAGAUUCAAGAGUCAAAGCUGAUAAAAGUAGCACUCAGAAGGAAAGUCAAGAGGACCCCAGAGGACAAAGAGAGAAGUCGGAGGGAUCUUUGGACACACUGGAGUCAAAGCGACAUCCAGGGCACACUUCAUCCAGAAGGUUUUCACAUGAGGGUGUUGCAGAACAAAGCACAAGAGAACAAGAACAUCAUGCUGCUCUCAGAUUUGGUAGUCAGAAUACUGACACUGACAAAACUGCCAAGAACAAGGAAGACCAUGUUGACAUUGACCUGUCUCAGAGUUACCGCAAGCAAAUGGAGCAAAAUAGACGUUUGCAGCAACAGCAGCGGGAGUCUGAUAAACCUCACAAACCAGAAAGUCCUCAUGGAAGUGAAACGGAGGACUUGGAACAUCGCAGUCUUGUUCAUGAAGUUGGUAAGCCUCCAGAGGAUGUCACAGAUAAUUUUCCAUCUCACAAACUAAAGAAACUAGACCAAUUUGACACAGACUCAGGGAUGAAGAGGGAGCGUGUCUACAGGAGCUUUAGACAAAAAAGUGAAGAAACUGACUGGAACAACACCUCUCCAGGACAUCAGCUCCUCUCUCUCCAUGCAGAUGAGGACUUUGCAGAUCCAUCUCAGAAAGAGUUGAGUAGGAAUGAUGAGAAAAUUCACCCGGAUGUGGAGCUAUUAGUCAAAAGGACACACAACACACAAGUAAACAAACCAAACACCCCUUUGCUAAGUGUGGAAGAAGAGCAGCAAAAGAGAUGGGAGAGUAGAGUCAAACAAGACUUGUUACCUGAUCUGAACUUUUCCAGAAGUCUAAAUAAAAACAUUCACAAUUGCAAGCGUUUGGAGUAUGGUAUUUGGCAUGACUUGGAGCCAGGGGAAGUGCGAUCAGACUCUGAAGAGGACAGGGAGCCUAAACCCCACUCUCCUGUGCCCUCAACAUCUAUUCCUUUUUCUGAGAGGCCAAGGGUUGACAGGUUUUCAGACCCCAAACUAGCACAUCUUGAAAGGAACAAAUUCUACUCCUUUGCACUUGACCAGACCAUCACACCAGAUACAAAGGCUCUGCUUGAGCGUGCAAAAUCUCUUUCAUCUUCCAGAGAAGAUAACUGGUCAUUUUUAGAUUACGAUACUCACUUUGCAAGUCUACGCAACAGAAAAGAUACUGAGAAAGUAGAAUCAACACCGAGACCUACACCUUCCUGGUACAUGAAAAAGAAAAAGAUUCGCAGUGGAUCUGAAGACAAACUUGAUGACAGGAAGGAAGAACCGAAGCCAGAGGAGCAUGAACGGAGGGAACUAUUUGCCUCCCGCUUCCUUCAUAGUCCUGUCUUUGAGCUGGACUCUAGACGACUUCAACACUUGGAACGCAAACAUGAAGAACCUGAGCAUACACAAAACCAACAACCAGGCCACCAAGGAACAGCAGAUGGUGAACUAGAUGCAGGGCCCGUUGUCCUUUUCCAUAGUCGUUUUUUGGAACUCACACGUCUACAACAACAGAAGAAUAAAACCCAACAGCAGCAAGUGGCAAAAGUUGACGACACCAUGCUCACCGAUGACACUAAAGAGGAAAAACCACCAGUUCAAGAGCAGCAAGCUUUGCAGUCACCUGUAACAACAGGAUCUAUCAUGGAGCCAGAAAUUAAACCCAUCAGUCCUGCUGAAGAGCUAAUUUCUGAACCUCGACUCACACCUACUUCUGUCACCCAAUCUGUGGCCAAGGAUAUUUCUCCACCAGAAGACAAAUGUGUUGCAGUAAAUCAAGUCCAUGAUCCAUAUCCCCCUGUGUCUUUCAUAAAGGAAGAGGUGAAGGAAGAGAUAAAAGAAAGUAAACCUGUUGUUACCAUGCACCACCCACUAGCUGAAACAUCUCAUUCAGAACCUGUACCCAUUGCAGCAUCCGAACCCAGAGAUUCAGGGGAUAGAUGUAAACUUUCUCCUCCUGAAGGGAAAUUGGAUUUGGUUACUGAGGAUGUAAAACCUUUGCUCACAGAACAACCAUGCCACAGCAAUUCUCAUGAUGAGCUUAUCAAAUUAGAACCAGAGCUGGAUCUUGAGAUGACACAACCAGAAGUGCCUGAAGCCACUAGUCCCAUAUCAUCAAAUUUUCUAGAGGAGAGGGAUGUAGUCAAGAAAGACACACAUUCCAUUAGUAAAACAGAGCCUGAGGGAGAAAAGCAAAGCAUUAGUAAAGUGCAGAUGCAUUUUGAUAAUGACAAAAAUGAUGAGCCAGUGUCACCUCAAAAAGAGCAUAAAACAAAAGAACUGAAACAUAAAAAGUGCAAACAAUUCCAUGCUCAAGUGACUCCUGUUCCUGUCAUGGCAGCCUCAGGUUCUGAGAAACAAGCUACACGCAAGAGUGAGCGCAUAGACAAAGAGAAACUCAAACGUGGAUCCUCCCCAAGAGCAGAAUCCAAAUCCACAAGCAAAUCUCCUAUUCAUGGAUCAGACACUGAUAUGUUAGAGCAGAGCAUAUCAUUGGGAAGGGCCAGACGAAGAAAUGUUAAAUCUGUGUAUGCCACCCCAGUUGAAGAUGAUACACCAGCUCGUUCUGGAAAGGAAAUUACAGAGUCACCACGCUCUGCACGAAAACGAGGUACAGACAAAGAGGCAACACAGCAACAAAACAUUGAACAGGAUCCACCUCCUCCAACUCCUGCAGCUAAACGGGGCCGUCCUCCCAAAAAUCGCAGACAAGUUGAUGAUAGUUCAACUGUUAAAGUAGAAAAAUCUAAAAUGGAUAACAAAGAAACUGAUUCAAAUGAAUUAGAAAGUGGUGACCGAAUUCCAAAAGUGUCAAAAGGCAAAACAUCCCCUCACGUCACAAAGAGCUCAACAAAUCAGAUGUCCGCAGCCCAAGGAUCUGGAUCAACAAGAAAGGGAGACAGAACUGAGGGGACUGAGGAUGACGAUGACGAAAUGGAUUACACUGAAGAUACCUUGGCAUUGCAAGAUUUGUCAACUUCAUGUAAAGAAGAUCCAUCAACAAAUGUUGACCAAACAAAAGAGGAGAAAGACAAACAGGGCAGAGAAUUGGGCCAGGACAAAGAUGUUCUCCAGGAAAAGGUUUGUGAAGGUAAAUCAGUUGGAGCAGAGACAGAUUCCUCGGCCUUAGAAGAGAAUACCCCUUUGGAAAGGAUUGGUAGAGGUAAAACCAAAUUGUCAAGGACACCAAAGUCUCCUCUCCUCAAGAACCUCAAAAUAAGACUAAAUGUCACAGAGGUGAAAGACCUUCUCCAAUUAGGGGAUGAUGAGCUUGGGAAUCAAGAAGAUUCUUCAAGUUCAAAGUUCAAACCUGGUGAACACACUGAUCACGUUUCUAAGUGCGCUCAUGUCAACAAAGAAGACUCCAAAAAUGAAGACAGGGAAAAUGCUACUUUGGAAAAGGAGGACCUAGAAACAUCAAAAAGCGGUUUUUCACAGGAGCUGGAAUUGGAGCAGGCUUUGAAGAUAAUUGCAAAUCCAGAUUUUCCAGCAGAACUACAGACACCAGCUGUUCCACAGACAGAAGUAAAAGGUAACUCGGAUGAAGAAAAACCUUCCAAUCCUGCUAGCGAGACAGAACUCAUGGCUGCUAUUUACUCUAUAACCCCUGAUGAUACAGCCGUAUCCAUAACCCAGCCGCCUCCACUAAGAACUGAAGUGGGUUCUGAGCCUGAGAUGCAAGACUUAAUUCAGCCUGCCAAGGAAGAUGAACCUGAAACAAAUACAUCCACAAUACAGGAGGAACCUGUCUUUCAAACAACACCAAAAAAGGGCCCCAAGGUAAAACCUAAAGCACCUAAACGUCCUAAAGCCCAAAAGCAAGGAAGAAAGGAUUCGAACGACGGGCAUUCGGUUAAUGAGGAACUGAAGGCUACAAUAGGAGAGAGUAUAGCUCCUGGUGUAAAGAUUGUUUCUGAGACAACUCCAUUAGCAGCUGCUACAGUUAUUACUCCUACUACCUGGAAGCCAGACCCUGAACCCUCAGCUGUCAAGGCUACAGAUGUAAAUGCAGAGUCAGAAUCAUCUUCUGAAGAACAAAUUCAACAUCUUAAAUCUGUUUAUCCCCAGUCUAAGAGUCCAAUAUGCCCAAAGCCUUUGCAGCUGCCGCCUGAGUGCAUUACUCCUUCGCUGUCUCCACUAGCUAAUAGGCCAAAUAUAAGACCCAUUCAAACAAGUAGAAUUUCUGUUUCUCCACCAGAUUGGCACCACCAGUCUAAAGAUGCAGGUGUCUCCCCUUCUCCUAUCAUGCCAUUGCCUUCAAAGGAAAACCAGCCUAUACCUUCAGACUCUGAAAAAAUGGAAACUGAACAUGGUACAAGUGACUUGAGACAGAUACUCAUGAAACACAAAAAUAUUUCACUGUCAGGCAGCAGUUCCAUUUCUAGUAAUCUUCCAUCCCUCCGAGAUCACAACCCAUCUGAAAGUAACACGCCAUCAGCUGUUGUGCCAAACAAGUCACCACUACCCGACAGUAGAAUGGCUUCUCAUUCAGCCCCGUCUGUUGUUCGACCUCCAGCCACACUACCAUCCCCUGAGACAAAGUCUGUGAUCUCUGUUAUUGCAUCCACUGCAACCUCUGUUAUUAGUCGUGUUUGUAACCCUCCUGAGCCUGAAGACAAAGUAAACAUGAAUAUGGGAAAUCAGUGUAUGGACAUGACUCUACCCAAAUCUACUUAUAGGCCCAGUAAGGACGAAACCGGAUCAUACCAUGGACAAUCUGUUGGUGAUGAAGGGGGAAGUACUGCGCGUUUCAUUGUCGAGAGCCCCACUCUUGGUAUGGGAUCUUGCCCUGGACUAAGGGUAAAUACAUCUGAAGGAGUGGUCGUUCUGAGCCACUCAGGCCAGAAAACAGAGGGACCUCAGAGGAUUAGCGCAAAAAUAAGUCAGAUCCCACAAGCAACAGCGGGUGACAUGGAAUCUCAGCAGUUGGUGUCCAUGCCCCAGAUAAAACAGGAAAUGUAUGGUCAUUCUCAGUCAGGACUUCAAAAAGGGCCUUCGUUGCAAACAGAUCAUGGGCAUCCUGGUAAGCCACAGUCAGCCAUGUCUAUUAAACAAGAAAGCUGUGGUUUAGAAAAGAUGGAAUCUGCUUACCAGUCUGGAUCUCAAGGAGUAGUGAAGCGUCUCACACCGGGUAACCAGCAAGUAUUGAGUUACCAUCAAGACUACAUGCCAUUAAAACAUCAAAAGAAAAUGGACAGUGCUGAUUCUCAUGGUACAGAUGGAGCUAAACCAUCUUGGACCUCUGCUAUAAGUCCAGCAAUUAGCCCUCAUUUGCCUUCCCCACCUGGCAAUCAUGUAGGUUUUGUUUCAGCAGCUGGUGACAGAGCCCCUUCACAUCUCAGUGGGGUCAAACAGGAACCACGAUCUCCACGCAAGUCAGGUCAUCCACACUCUCCAUUUACUAAAGUGUCUUCACCCAUUGGCUCCUCAUCACCCAAGGGCCUACCAGUGAUGUUACCCUCUGGCCUUCCUGCCAUGCAGCAGUUUAUUACUGGUGUACAUCACCCUGAGCAGUCAGUUAUCAUGCCACCUCACAGUGUGCCUGGAGGCUUGGGCCGAAUGUCUCCGCACUGUGUUACCCAAUCAAUUCCAGUGGGCCAUCUUGUCCAAGAUGUCCGCGUCAAUACUCCACCUCUCUCUGUGAUGAGCUAUGGGAUGCAUAGUGAGCCAAUGGCAUCUCCCUGGUCUGGUCCCAUGCAGCCGCGACCCACCUCACCCCAGACUGUUGGCAGAGAGAAGGUUGUCAAGGUGAAUCCCGGUUCUUUGAGGAGUCAUGAGGGGGAACAGGAAGAAGCCAGACACUUCCAUAUGGCAGGAAGACAAUCAGCCACACCGUUAAAACCAGACCCUAUGCAGUCAGAUCAUCGUGGGUCUUUGCGGAGUAGUGUCCAGUUGGAAACAUUCAUGGUACAGAGAGAUAUGCGCGUACUCUUGCAUCAACAGGGGGAGCGUUCAGCCACUGACCCACAUUCUGGACACAUUCAAGAGUCCCACCCCCCCUUGUCUCCAAGAUCACAUGUUUUGACUAAAAGUGUGUCUGAGAAGGAUAUGACAAAGCCAUUAGAGGCAAAGCGGCCUCACUCCCCUCUUCCUAAAGAUGGAGUGAUGGGCAUUCGACAACCUGGGCCAGCAAUGGCAUCUCCCCAGAGAGUUCAGCUAAUGCCACCUGGACCCAGUGGUUCAUUCCCAGAGUACCCGGGGAUGUACUCAAACCCAAGAGGCAUCCAUUCUCAAAUACCAGAGACGUCUCCUGUUGGACUUAACCAACCACCGCUGAGCGUCACACCAACUAUGGGUUCAGAACCCCAGGCAAAACCAGAUGGCAAGAUGUCGCAGCCUGUUAAUAUGGUGCAGUUGCUCACGAAAUACCCCAUUGUGUGGCAAGGCCUGCUGGCUCUUAAGAAUGACACAGCUGCUGUCCAACUGCAUUUUGUCUGUGGCAACAAAGCUUUGGCUCAUCGAUCACUGCCCCUACAAGAAGGAGGCGCACUGCUAAGGAUUGUCCAGAGGAUGAGACUAGAGGCUUCACAACUGGAGAGUGUAGCCAGAAGAAUGACUGGGGACAGUGACUUCUGUCUUCUCCUUGCUCUACCAUGUGGACGAGAUCAAGACGAUGUCCUAAACCAAACUCAAGCUCUUAAGGCUGCUUUUAUCAACUACUUGCAGACAAAGUUGGCUGCAGGUAUCAUCAAUAUCCCUAACCCAGGUUCCAAUCAGCCCGCCUAUGUGCUACAGAUUUUCCCACCAUGUGAAUUUUCUGAGAGCCACUUAUCCCAGCUCGCCCCCGACCUCCUCAACAGGAUCUCCAGCAUCUCACCACACCUCAUGAUUGUCAUCACCUCUGUGUAACCUUCACUGCUGGGAACUGUCCCACGGAUGAAUGUUCUCGCCGAUGAGCCUCAGGAAACCAGAGGAAUAUGAGAAUAUUUUUUUCCUGAACACAGUGGGAAUGUGUAGAUCAACUCUUUUUUUCUUUCACCGGCCCGUUUUUUUUUUUUUUUGUUUGUUUUUGUCACUCCUGUCUGGUAUGUUUGUCCUUCUCAAAAGAACUCAGGGAUGGACCAAACCAGAAUCAGUCUUAUUUGACCAUUUCUCUGCUGUAUUUCUAUUUAUUGGAGUUUUAUUUUAAUGUUCGGAGAUGCUUUGAAGAGAAAAAAAAUCAGGAUGUUUGAUGAACAAGAGUGACUAUUUGGGUGGCCUUUUUCUUUGAUAGUCAUAUUCAUUUCUUCACAAGAGCGGAUCGUAGAGGCCGCAAUGGCUAAAAAAAACCCAAUUUCAAUGUGUGAUUUUAAAUAUGUACAGACUUCCUCAGCCAGGCCAUCUUUAGAAGAGGAAGAAUGAACUUGUAAAACUAUGGAGACCUUGUAGAGGACCACGUUAUUUUAACUGCUCCUUUAAUUCCACCAGCUCUGCUCAUCUUCUCACACUACUGACACAGUUAAGCCUCUGGUUACACCUUUGCAUUGAACAAGCUACACUAUGAUUUGGGAGUUUGAAUACAGGACUAUGUAAAUAUUUUAAAUAUUUAAACUUUGACUAUGGAACUUGGACAACAGAGAUUUGAAUUCUGGGGGAAUACCAGAACACCGUGUGGAAAUGUAGAUGGAUAUCAUUGACUUGUGGGUGUAAAUACUUGUAACUCAAGAAGGUUGGCAAACUCCAAUGGAGUCUGCUGACGGCACUUCAUAUUUUGUAACUCAAAUAAAACAAACUCCAGAAAA